AUGUUGGCAAAUCACAAAAUUCGCGUUCAAGACACGUUAACACUACACGAAAUUACGUGGAGGUUCAUACCGCCUCGGUCCCCCCAUUUUGGUGGUUUGUGGGAGGCUGCAGUCAAGGCCGUAAAAAAACACUUGAAUCGAACGAUUGCAAAUUCACGGUUAACUUAUGACGAACUAUAUACGGUACUAACACAGAUAGAAUGUUGCUUAAACUCCCGUCCUUUAAUCCCUAUAUCCGAAGACCCUACGGAUUUGAAUGUCCUUACUCCCGCCCACUUUCUAAUAGGUAGCUCACUACGCGCACUGCCUGAGCCUGACGUGAGAGAUAUAUCUAUUAAUAGAUUGUCUCGAUGGCAAAGAGUGCAGCAACUUGUCCAACACGUUUGGGCACGAUGGAGCAAGGAGUAUUUGGGGCAACUACAGGGACGAAACAAGUGGUCCAAAUGCAGAGGACCAUCCAUUCAACCUGGGACGAUGGUGUUAAUAAAGGAGAAUAACUUACCUCCUUUAAAAUGGUUAUUAGGCAGAGUCACAAAUGUUCACCCAGGACCUGAUGGUGUCAUAAGGGUAGCUACGGUGCAUACGAAUUUGGGAUCAAAAAAGCGAGCUCUUCGGUUAUUAUGUCCAUUACCCAUAGACACAUGA